AAAUUUGAAAAAAAUGUAGAUAUAAUUUUUCUGCCAUAUUGCCCAGCCCUAAAGAGUUUCCCUGUGUGGUUAGGUGCACAGGGAGCUUAGUUGGGCUGUUGGCUGGUAAUGGACAACAUGUUUAUCUGUGAAAGCCAUAUAUAGAGUGCUGUCUAUUAGUCGCUCUAUGAACUGCCAAUUUCCAACUCUUAAUUUAAUCUGUGCCCUUCGAUUGGCUCAUAAAUAUACUUUCUCUCACCUCCCUUCAUUCUACCCUCCAGUUGUUUAUUUACGUUCUGUUCCGCUUUCCUUCUCUAACCCACUCCUCCCCUCUGCCACCCCUCCUUCUGCCUCACUCUCUCCCCUCCCCGCCCUCUGUGGAAAGAAAAAGAACACUGCUUACUGACUGCGUGUAUCUGCCUGCUUGCAAACACUAUGUCAGCAUGCAGUCAUAGUGACAUCAUGUGACCUGGAACAAAUCAGAGCCCUGCUUACUCUGUCAGACAUGCAUCUGCCCGCAGCUUUAUCCAAUCAGGGCAGCUGUUGUUGCUUGUCACAUAGGCUUGUGCUGCCUUUUUUUUUUUGUAAGAAAGUCUGUACUUCCUGUAAGAGAGAGAAGGAUCCUGGAUUAACUUUGCCUGUGUAUGCUGCUGCUCAGCUGAUGUAGAACAUACAUGUACCAGACAAGUUUGGUGUGGUUUCUGCUGGCAGUCUGGAAGAGUGGAGAGCACAAGAACAGCCGUGUGUUUGAGUAGCGGAGGAGAGAGGAGCUUUAGGGUCAGCUUUGGCCUGUGCAGUCUGACGAGGCAUGUCCCUCAGAGCUCGGCAUCCUGAGGCAGAGACAGGAUUUGUUCCAAGUGUCCAAGACUUUGAUAAGAAACUUGCAGAGGCUGACGCAUACCUACAAAUUCUAAUUAAUCAGUUAAAGCUCUUCGACGAGAAAAUCAAAGAUUGCAAAGAAGAGUCAUGUAGAAAAAUUGAAAAUUUGAAGGAAACCACAUGUAGUAUGGUAGAGUCCAUCAAGCACUGUAUUGUAUUGCUGCAGAUUGCCAAGGAUCAAAGUAACGAACAGCAACACGCAAACGGACUGAUAAGCACCAUCAACCCAGUGGAUGGGAUAUUUCACCCUCUGGACGCUUCUUUAGUCAACUUAGCCAUGCCAACACAGACCACACUCCCCACAGAUGGCUCUCAGAUGUGUAAAGGAGAACAGCGGCCCUCCACUCUACCGGUGGGGGCUGUUGUCACGGUGAUGGGCAGUCUGCAGACUCCGACUCCCAACAGCACAGGGAGUGGCCCCUCGGUCCCCAGCAGCAGCGGUGCCUCCCCCAGUCACAUGACAAUCCCCUCCAACUCGGUCCCUGACUUCUCCUACUCCAGCAGCGAAGAUGAAUUCUACGACGCUGACGAGUUCUACCAGAACAGCACGUCUCCCAAGCACCUUCUAGAUUCCUCUAGGCCUCCUGCUGCCUUGCCUCACAGCGAUGACGGAACAGUGCUGAAACGUCCAGACACUAACGAGUCCCUCAACUCCUCCAUGUCUAACGGCACCACUGAUGCAGAUCAAUUUGACAGCCAUGAUGACGAGGCGGAGGAUCAGGGGGAGUCUGUGGAGGAGCACAAGAGUGUCAUCAUGCACCUGCUGUCCCAGGUGCGACUGGGCAUGGACCUCACCAAGGUGGUCCUGCCCACAUUUAUCUUGGAGAGGAGGUCUUUGCUGGAGAUGUAUGCUGACUUUUUUGCACAUCCGGAUUUGUUUGUCAGUAUCGCAGAUCAGCUGGAGCCCAAGGAGCGGAUGGUACAGGUGGUGAAGUGGUACAUGUCAGCCUUCCAUGCAGGGAGGAAAAGCUCAGUGGCCAAGAAGCCGUACAACCCCAUCCUGGGAGAGGUCUUCUUCUGCCACUGGGACCUGCCUUCAGAGAGUGAGGAGCCCACUGCAAUGGAGCCAUCGUCAGAGGGUCCAGUGCCAUGGUCUUCAGCCAACAGUGUGUCUUUUGUAGCAGAGCAGGUCUCUCAUCACCCCCCCAUUUCUGCAUUCUACGCAGAGUGUCUCAGCAAAAAGAUUCAGUUCAACGCCCACAUUUGGACCAAGUCAAAGUUCUUAGGAAUGUCAAUUGGAGUGCACAAUAUUGGCCAGGGCUGUGUGUCCUGUCUGGAACAUGACGAGCACUACAUACUCACCUUUCCCAAUGGAUAUGGCAGGUCGAUCCUGACCGUCCCAUGGGUGGAGUUGGGUGGAGAGUGUAACAUCAACUGCUCCAAAACGGGCUACAGUGCCAGCAUUGUGUUUCACACUAAGCCCUUCUACGGUGGAAAGAAGCACAGGAUCACCGCUGAGAUCUUUCCUCCCAAUGACAAGAAGUCAUUCUGCUCCAUUGAAGGAGAGUGGAAUGGAGUGAUGUAUGCUAAGUGGGCAUCUGGGGAAAACUCCUUGUUCAUUGACACAAAGAAAAUGGGCUGUAUCAAGAAGAAGGUGAGGAAGUUGGAGGACCAGCUGGAGUAUGAGUCGCGCAGCCUUUGGAAGGAUGUGACGGUCAGCCUAAAGUCGAGAGACAUCGAUGCAGCAACGGAAGCCAAGCACAGGCUGGAGGAGAAGCAAAGGGGCGAGGCCAGGGAGAGGAAGGAGAAUGAAAUGCAGUGGGAAACUAGGUUGUUCCAUGAGGAUGGGGAGUGCUGGGUCUACGAUGAGCCUCUACUGAAAAGAACUGGAUCACAGAGGCACUGAGGCCACAGAUGCAGAUCUCUGAGUCUUAAUAAGAACUCUUUUGCAAACCACUUCUUAUCCAAGCCUUGGAAUGACUGAUGAUUGAACAUGAUCACAGCUUUGCAUUUUCGAAGAUAAAAUUUAAUGAAAUCAAGAAGAAACAUCUACAAUAUAAAAAAUAAUAACCCUUGUUUCGCCAACCCCACAUCCACCACCUCCACCUCUCCAUCCCCUGAACGACUAAAAAAAGCAUGACAAAGACAGUACCAAUGCCCUUAGGCUACACAAACAAGCCCUCACAAUCUGGCAGGAGGAUCCCUCAAGGGUCUGUCCUUUUCCUUGAGGGGAAGGGAGUUUGGAUUGAAAAAACCUUGAAAAACAGCGUUCUGUAUCUCAGGGAAGCUGGUGACUGAGGAAUGAAUGGUGUAUCUCCAGGAGUUAGACGGCCUUAUAGUGGAAUCACAAGGGGGACAACCUGGCUUGCCUACAAUUAGCUACAGCUGUUUAUAUAUAGAUACUUAUGAUGAAUAUAUAUUCUCUUUUUGUAUUUUAUUUAUCUUUCUGGCAGUACUAAAUAUUUGAGGAUUUGAACUCUAUGGCAAUAAAUCAGGAACCAUUCCUUUUCUUUUCUACAUUUGUCCCCUCUCAAGUUCGUUGACAUUCUCUCCCCAUGUACUAACUCCAUCUAGUGCAGCGGUGUCAAACUCAUUUUGCCCCGGGGGCCGCAUUCUGUCUUCAACGAGGUCCAGAGGGUUAGCAUUGAAAAUUGGUUAUAUUUCCUCACCGGAUGUUUGACACCCCUGGACUAGUGUAUGUUUAUCUGCUCAAGAUAACCAGAAGAAGAACCCAAGAAGUCUGCAUUUGUAAGAUAGACAGUAGGUGGAGUCGAGGAAGAGGACUUGUCUCCAUGUUGUGACCAAAACCAUUUGUAGCGAUAUAGAGCACAUUCCUGCUGAAUACAUGCACGCAAUGAUUGCCUGUGGUGAAAAACUCAACAAGUUCACUUAACCGAAUUGUAUAGGUGGAGUAUCACCCUUUUCUUUCUAAAGUAGGUAAAUACUGUAUCGUCUAAUAUAAUAGAAUUUACAGAGGUUACAAACUCAAGCCAUUUUUUGUUCUUCAUGUUAUGUCUUUGUAAAUUAAUAUUGAAUCGAGGCCUUUCCAUACAUUUCAGUAUCACUUCAAAAGAGCAAUCGGAACAAAAUGUAUUUUUUAUUUCCUUUGAAUCAUAACGAUUGAUUGUAUCAGAUUUUCAUGUUUAUUGAUGCAUAAUAUUAAAUCUCCAUGAGUUUA